GCGGUUAUGCUGAGUUUUAAAGCAAGGAUACACUCUAAGAAGAGCCGAUCCUUACCUAGAGCUUACUACAUGCUGGACUGUAUUCCAAAGCCCUUUCGUAUAUUGAUGAAUUUGAUCCUCACAACCACCUCAUGAGGCAGGAGGAGCGAUGGGCAGAACCAGCACUUCCCUCAGGCACUAGACCUGCCACGAGUGGACUUAGCCUCCCCACACACUGCUUCCCUUUACCCGAAGAACACAGAUCUGUUUGAGAUGAUUGAAAAGAUGCAGGGAAGCAGGAUGGAUGAACAACGAUGCUCCUUCCCACCACCCCUCAAAACGGAGGAGGACUACAUUCCCUACCCGAGCGUCCACGAGGUCCUGGGGCGAGAAGGGCCCUUCCCCCUCAUCCUGCUGCCCCAGUUUGGGGGCUACUGGAUUGAAGGCACCAACCACGAAAUCGCCAGCAUCCCAGAGACAGAGCCGCUGCAGUCACCCACGACCAAGGUGAAGCUAGAGUGCAACCCCACAGCCCGCAUCUACCGGAAGCACUUUCUUGGCAAGGAGCAUUUCAAUUACUACUCACUGGACACUGCCCUGGGCCACCUUGUCUUCUCUCUCAAGUAUGAUGUCAUCGGGGACCAGGAGCACCUGCGGCUGCUGCUCAGGACCAAAUGCCGGACAUACCAUGAUGUCAUCCCCAUCUCCUGCCUCACCGAAUUCCCCAAUGUGGUCCAGAUGGCAAAGCUGGUGUGUGAAGAUGUGAAUGUGGAUCGAUUCUAUCCUGUGCUCUACCCCAAGGCUUCCCGGCUCAUCGUCACCUUUGAUGAACAUGUUAUCAGCAAUAACUUCAAGUUCGGAGUCAUUUAUCAGAAGCUUGGGCAGACCUCAGAGGAGGAGCUCUUCAGUACCAACGAGGAAAGCCCUGCCUUUGUGGAGUUCCUUGAAUUUCUUGGCCAGAAGGUCAAACUGCAGGACUUUAAGGGGUUCCGAGGAGGCCUGGACGUGACCCACGGGCAGACGGGGACCGAGUCUGUGUACUGCAACUUCCGCAACAAGGAGAUCAUGUUUCACGUGUCCACCAAGCUGCCCUACACAGAAGGGGACGCCCAGCAGUUGCAGCGAAAGCGGCACAUCGGAAACGACAUCGUCGCUGUGGUCUUCCAGGAUGAGAACACACCCUUUGUACCUGACAUGAUUGCGUCCAACUUCCUGCAUGCCUAUGUGGUGGUGCAGGCCGAGGGUGGGGGGCCCGACGGCCCCCUCUACAAGGUCUCUGUCACGGCCAGAGAUGAUGUGCCCUUCUUUGGGCCCCCACUCCCGGACCCUGCUGUGUUCAGGAAGGGGCCUGAGUUCCAGGAAUUUUUGCUGACAAAACUGAUCAAUGCUGAGUAUGCCUGCUACAAGGCAGAGAAGUUUGCCAAACUGGAGGAGCGGACACGGGCUGCCCUCCUGGAGACACUCUAUGAGGAACUACACAUCCACAGCCAGUCCAUGAUGGGCCUGGGCGGCGACGAGGACAAGAUGGAGAACGGCGGAGGUGGCGGCGGCUUCUUCGAGUCUUUCAAGCGGGUCAUCCGGAGCCGCAGCCAGUCCAUGGAUGCCAUGGGACUAAGCAACAAGAAGCCCAACACCGUGUCCACCAGCCACAGUGGGAGCUUUGCACCAAACAACCCUGACCUGGCCAAGGCUGCUGGAAUAUCAUUGCUUAUUCCUGGGAAAAGUGCGAGUAGAUUCGGACGCCGGGGCAGUGCCAUAGGCAUAGGAACCGUGGAAGAGUCACUGAUCGUCCCUGGGAAGAGCCCCACAAGGAAGAAGUCCGGCCCCUUUGGCUCACGCCGCAGCAGUGCCAUUGGCAUCGAGAACAUACAGGAGGUGCAGGAGAAGAGGGAGAGCCCCCCGGCUGGCCAGAAGACUCCAGACAGCGGGCACGUCUCACAGGAGCCCAAGUCCGAGAACUCGUCCACCCAGAGUUCCCCAGAGAUGCCAACGACCAAGAACAGAGCGGAGACAGCAGCCCAGAGAGCAGAAGCGCUGAAGGACUUCUCCCGCUCCUCGUCCAGCGCCAGCAGCUUCGCCAGCGUGGUGGAGGAGACGGAGGGUGUGGACGGGGACGAUACCGGCCUGGAGAGCAUCUCGUCCUCGGGGACCCCGCACAAGCGGGACUCCUUCAUCUAUAGCACGUGGCUGGAGGACAGUGUCAGCACCACGAGCGGGGGCAGCUCCCCAGGCCCCUCACGGUCACCCCAUCCAGACACUGGCAAGCUGGGGGACCCUGCAUGUCCAGAGAUCAAGAUCCAGCUGGAAGCAGCUGAGCACCACACACCCCAGCUGGGCUGUUAGCCAGGCUCCCCUCGGAAGGUGACUGAACAGAUGAGGCCGAAGAAGCACAAAGUGAAGAUGCUGUGUCAAAUCCAGGCCAAUGGGACCUCUGCCCCCAAGGCCACCACCAGCCCUUGGGCUGCCCCCUGUCUCCCCACCCCUCCCCUUGGCCCACCAGCUAGGCUGUCUCUGCAGGGCAGAGCCAUCCAGACCUGGGAGCGGGGAAGCUGCUGGCAUCAUCCUUACCCCCCGAGGCCGGGGGGCCAGGCUGGUGCAGGGAGUGGUCAGUUGCAGCAAGACUCCAGGCCUGGCUGGCCCCACCCGGGGCCCUCCAUCACACCUUAGUGCCCCUGUAGACUCAGGGGGAGCAAGGUGGGAAAGGGGACCAAGCGAUCUCAGAUCACACCGAGCCUGCCGGCAGUGGGAUGUGAGGUGUGACGGGCACUGGGUUGGGAGUCCUGAGUCCUGGCUUCCAAUUUGGGUUCUGCUAUGUGACUCUGGGCAAGUCACUCUCCCUCUCUGGGAGCCUCAGCUACAAAUGGACAAGAUUAUUUCAGAGGUCACUGAAGACUGUGAUUCUGUGCACCUGCUCCAGAAUGGGGGACUGUCCUUCCAGGGGCCUCCCACCACCCCACCUUGCUUCUUAGGGUCCCUGGGGCCCCAGGUGGGCUAAGGGGCAGGGAACUGGCUACACCCAUUGCCCCUCCUGGGCCCUCAAGCUCUGCCACAGAUCUGCCGAUGCCCUGUCCACUGCCUCCACGUGACGGGCAAGUGACCCCUUGCGGGAGGGAGGGGAACCUACCUGGCUCCUCAGCCAGCACCCAGCUUCACCCCUGCCGUCCCAUACUCUGGGUACUCAAGGCUGACGGGUCUCUGCUGGCCUAGAGUUACAGGUCUCGCCUUUGUGACCCCCCCGCCCAUGGAGGGGGUUGCCAGGCACAGCUGCUGUGAGUCCACAUCCUUGUGUGUGUCUGUCCACACUUUUUAGGUGCCACGCCAAAGGCCAGCCUUCCCGCCCCAACACCCAUUUGGGAAGCCCCCGUGGCCGUGUGUA